UGGAGGUUCAUUUUUCAGUGGAUGCGUGCUAAAUUGUUAGCCUCGGGAACUAGAUGCCAACAAUAAUGUUAAUAUUAGCCAAUGUAGCUAGCUCUUGGCAUUCAUGUGGUCUAGCAGCAGUGUUCUCAAGACUUAACCACUUGAACAUCAAGUAUAUUGUGUAAACAACUUCCCAUGUCAUAACCACGAACUCACAAGUUCCAUUCAAAGGCAGUGCUAGACCAGAAGUGCACUUCAUAUAUUUAUUUAUUAGUUUAUUUGUCAUGGACGAUGCAAAAAAAACAUUGUAACAGGUUAAAGUAACAUGAAACAGAUGUAUUGCAUAUAGGAUUUCUAGCCAAGGCUAAUUUGCGACCCCUGUCCCUGGUUAGGUUUUUCUACUUAAAAAUAGUCAUAACAUAUCACUGCCAGAAUUACAUUAAUUAAAUAAAGCUCAUAAUAAAUAGUGACAUUCUUAACGUAUUAUUGCCCCUGAAUUUGGCCUUUUCUGAUUGGUUAGAAGGGCGAGGGUCGCUUAAAAACUUGAGAAGGGAAUAUCCCUGCUGCUCAAUGAGCCUGGGUCAAAGAAGUCUUUGACAGCACCUCUUUGUAUUAUGCUUCAGAGAAUAUUUCAACAAAAAAUCUUUUAAAAAAUUUUAAACCAAAGAAUUGGACAAAUAUGACCUGCUGGUGGCGCUAGAGGAAAAGUCAGGGGAUCACCAAAGUCAUAAGGCGUAAUUCUCUGGGAAUAAUGAAUGUCUGUACAAAAUUCAAUCCAUCCAAUAGCUGUUGACAUAUUUUAGUUUAGACCAAAAUGGCGGACCAACAGACCGACAUUGUCAUCAACAGAGUCAUGCCGCUAGUGUGGAUAAAAAUGAUCAUAUUUACAAUAAUACACAGUGAAGAGGCAGCCAGCUGGGAAGUUGCAAAAAUGGGGGGUCUUACAACAGCAUCUCCUUUUACGCAGAUGAGAAAUUAUAUUCCGAUAUAUUCAACCCAGAAUGUAAUCUACCUUAAGUGAAUUUUAAUAUUGGACACUCCUGAGCAGCUGCCAUUAAACCCAGUAUAACAAAUAAUGCAGCGGGCACAGUGAACAAUACAGUUGUCAAACACUUCAGCCGCUCUGAGAAAGAUUAAGAGAUACAUAAUUAGUAAUCAGCUUUGCCAAUAAUUAUUCAGUUAAUCAAUGCAGUAAAUUGGUAAGAACCAUCAGCUUUUUUUGCUCCAGCAUGGAGUCGACUUUAUAGAUUCUUUUCUUGUCAGAUGUUGGCACGCUCCUGGCCCGAGCGCCCGGCCUGCCUCUCUGUGUCGUCUUUCAUUUCCUUUUCACCCCCAGGUCUUUCUGUACCUGUCAGUUUCUUUCUACAGUGUGACUCCUUAAUCCACCUGAGUGCAUGGAGGACAGUUUUGACAUAAGAAGAAAAGAUAGACUCCUAAGGAGAGGACCAGUAUCUUUAGAGCCCGGGGGAUAACCGGAUUACGACAGCCAUUUUGUGCUGCUGGCAGUUUUUCUUAUUACCCAUUUCCCUCCCCCUCAUCUCUCCAGAGUUGAAAUGCUGCCCUUUCUUAGAAGUCACACCAAACACUGACUUGUACACAAAAACACAUACUCUUUGUGUUUUUUCCCCCAGCUAAAACAGCUUUGAGCAAAAAUAAAUCUUGACGAAUGAUAGUAAGAAAGAAACAGAUAAUUUCUUCACACUGCCCUUCAAAUAAUCCAUCUCUCCUCUCUCAGACAGUUUUUCUCUUCACUGCUGAAAACUCUCUAAAACAUGGUUCCUCUGUGGAAGUAAUCAUUGUCUCUGUAUGGUGGUGGGUGCCUCCUGCGCGCGAGGCCUGCACCUACAGCACAGCAGAUAACAGCACAGCUAUGAGGAGACGGAUCAACUGUCUGACCCCUGCUGCCAGUCACUAUAUCCCUCCAGCCCGUCUGCUCCGUGGAAACCCGGCGAAAACACUUUCUGAAAACGUCUUAUCACCGAAACCACCGAUGCGGUGUGCGCCACUGGAUCUUUUAUGUCCAUUUAUUUUGCCUUUGAAGAGGCCCGCGGUGCCUUUGAUUGUGGGAGGUAAAUGAAAUAAAGACCUCCUCCUUGCUGGUGCCCUGAUAUCUAAGUUUAUCACUGCCACCAAAACCAAAACGUAGAGCUGCGACUGACCGCCACAGGUCUGUCCACAGAUAAACGCAUCAUGCUUCUGUUACGGUUAUAAUCUUUUUUGCAGAAGCCAUUUUGGGUACCUUCGAGGUGGCCUGGAAGCUUCCACUUAGACACCCAGAAAGACGAUGUUGUAAAAUGAGCUUCCUGAGUAUAUACUCCAUACAGUAAUCCCCUGUUAUUACCUGUAAGCACCUGAGUCUUCUCAUGAGUAGCCGUGUAUGUAUACUAUAUAUACACUUUAUAGUUAAGUUAAGCCUUAUUAUUGCAGCAAAGCCAUUCAGGCAUUUCUCCAUCAAUGUCAUUUCAAUAACAGACGAGGCGGCUAAAGCAUAUAUUUGAUCAGAUAAGGUAUAGUAAUUAUGAAAACCGCAACAAUCAAUGGAGUCACCCAGGGCCAGUGAAUUAUGGCUGUGAUUAAUAUUGAUUUUGUAGGCUACGGAGGAGGGAGAUGAGCAACUUGUACACAUAUUAUAAGAAACCUGCACGGCAUGAUGGGAAGAAAGAAUUGAAAUGAGUGAUUGUGUCGGUUUUGAGGACAAGUUUUAAAAAGUACAACUUAAAAUUGUGGAUGACUGUUGAAUGGUGGCAUCAGGACAGGUGGACUUUUUUAUUUAAUUUUGUUCAAUGAAGGGUCAUAGCUAUGACUGAGGACACUGAGAUCACGUCCUGUGUAUUUUUUGGGUGGGACUUUGGGGUUUUAGCACCUUUGGGUGAGAUACAUUCUACAAUUAAAAACAUACAGGACAUUUUUAGGCUCAUUUUCAUUUUAGACCCAAUGUUCUUCCACCAGGAUUCAGGACCGUUUCGCAACCAUUUUUCCUGGUACCUAGAGAGGCCUUUGAGACCUCAUUUAGACUUUCAUGUUGAUAACACUUUAUUUUUAUGGGUCUGUAAUUUCCUAGUAAUAACUUUGGAAGAUUCCUGGAAAGAAAUAUGAAAUCUGGUACUAUUGUGAGACUAUUAUUUUAGUUUAGUUAGUUGAUUUUCAUAGGAUUUUCCUUAAAAGAACUGCUCCAUUUCAAUAAAACCUGCAGAUGCAGCCUUCAUUGAUCAGCUAUGAAAAACUUUCUGGUGUUUUGGUGUUUGGGGCUGUCAACUCAUGACCUCAGUAUUUCUGAAAUAAUGGACAUGGCUCUAAUUUAAUGAGAUGCUUUUACAUACAGUUUCCUCCUCUUAGAUCUUCUGCCGCAGACUUGUGAAGUUCAUUAUUGAGCAAAUGAGGCAUAGGUCAUUAUAGGGUCGUGGGCAGCUGCAGUGCAAAAUAACAUUUUAGCUCCAUAGCCUUUACAUACUUUUUAAUAUCUAGUUUGCAGAUUAGGUUGCUUUCUUCGCUGGUUUCCUGCCUGCCUGCACUUGUCUCAGUGGAGAUUUGGAGAGACUAAACUGUAGGAAAGGGGAAAGGAGGGUGUCGCUCAGAAAUGUUGUACAGUCACUUUUGUGAAGGGAUUACAGUGUUUUCUCUCAUUCCCAUUGGCUUGGCCCGCCGUGACAGAUGAGCGGUUGACAUGCCCAGCAUCAUCCAUAACAAGCUUCCAACUUGGUCCCGUGUGAAUCCCAUUCAUGCGCCCAGGCUGCACUUUUCACUUCCACUUUGAGUAAAUGCUUCAAUCAAUUUGGGAUGCACGGUUUUCCAAUAUUUCCAUAACAAAGACACAGAAAAUACCUCUUUGAGACUUCAUCGUCACUUUUCAUUUUUACGCACGAGAGGAGCAUGAGCUUUUUGGAGAGGUGACUCACUUUAAAGUAGGACCGGUGUUUGUUUUAAUGAAUGUCUUGCCAGUUUUUGAAAUGGCAAAACCUUUAGAUCACAUCAAGAGACCCAUGAACGCCUUCAUGGUGUGGUCCAGAGGCCAGAGGCGGAAGAUGGCCCAGGAAAACCCAAAGAUGCACAACUCUGAAAUCAGCAAGAGACUCGGCGCGGAGUGGAAGCUGCUCACCGACUCCGAGAAGCGUCCGUACAUCGACGAAGCCAAGAGACUGCGGGCUCAGCACAUGAAGGAGCACCCGGACUACAAGUACAGACCCCGGCGCAAACCCAAGAGUCUGCUGAAGAGGGACCGUUUCGUUUUCCCGCUGCCGUCUUUACUCGGGGACGCCGCGGAGCACUUGAAGGGAUUUUCCAUGGACUCUUUUCUCGUCCCCGGGGAUAAAGCCAGAGCUCUUCUCGCCCCCACCUCCUCCUCCUCCUGCUCCUCCUCGUCGUCCUUCUCGCUGCUGGAGCCGGUGGGUCACUUCAGCACCGGAGCUGUCCAGCGGAUGGCGGAGAUCCCGCACACUCUGGCCGCCGGAGCUCUGCCCUACAGCGCGCACACGUUUGGAUACCAGACUGGAGGGAUUGGGGCUUUGGCUUGCCCCGGACAGCACACACACACCCACCCAUCACCCACCAGCCCCGGAUAUGUGGUGCCAUGUAACUGCGGCGCCUGGUCUGCAGCCAGUUUACAGCCUCAGGUUGCCUAUAUUCUCUUUCCCGGAGGGAUGACCAAGAGCGGCAUGGACACGUACACUUCACCCAGUUCCAGUGUGUGACAGACCGGAUUCACCUGGACUCUGAAGGUGGUGGAGACGCGCGGUCCUUACGGGAAAAGUUUGCGCACAGGACCUCUCCAUGUCUGUAAGAACUGAGCUACAGCAACGUUAUAAAUAUGAACAUACCAUACAAAUAUCACCGCAAAAAUGAUACCUUUUAUGUAAUAUCAUGUGGGAAUAUUAUCGCCACAUAAACAUUUCAAAAUGCCAUAAUUACUUUUUACCUCCUGAGCUCCAAAUACGCACUACGAGUCCUUAUGUUCCCUGUAAAAACACUAGAGAGUAAAGAUGCUAUUUUGUUACUCUUUUGACAAGAAAGUAAUUUCAAAACACUUUAAAGUUAAGUGCACAUGGCCCAAGCAUAACACAGUAUUAAAAUGAUUGAUCAAAAAUCAACACACCAGCUGCCAGUCCCUUAAACAUAAAGCUCCUGCUGCCAUGAGAGGGCAGAGGAAGCCAGCAACAGCGCAUCUGUUUUUUGACAUAUGUAUUUAUCUUGACGCAAAAAAAUGGCAUUAAUUUUGCAUUAAUACACUCUUAUAUUUGGACAGAAACAUUUGGUCCCUAGAUUUUGAAGUCAGUGUGGGGAUAAGAAAUGUUUUUAUGAAUGACUGUAUUGUAAUUGUCUUUUUUUUCCUUUGGAGUGACUUGUAUAAAGGUUUUUAUAUAACCAGCUAAAUCAGUUUUUAAUAAUCAUAAUUGUGCGAGUUGGUCAUUUUAUUGAUAUUGUAGAUGAUCCAGAUCACUACAAUUUUCCUGGUUUAAGUAUUAUGAAAUGUCACUCUAUUGACUAACAAUGUGUUAUUUCCAUGUUUUUUUUUUGUUAGAUGUCAUUUCAUGACAGCUGUCGGCUGUAAUGAUAUCGUCACUAGUAUUAAUAAAUGAUUCUGGGGGUUUGCUGUUACAGCAGCAUGUUUUCAUGUUCCUGAUUAACUGAGCCUUUAUUUAAACAAGCUGACUUUCAAAUUCCUGAUAAGAAAUCUUAACCAAAAUGUCCACAGCAGCUGAACAACAUGAAAAAUGUAAUUUUCUAUGCCAUCAUCACAUUUGGUGACUGCUGUAUGAGUUUUGUUUUGUGUGUUUGUGAGAGAGAGAGAGUGAGAGCGAGCCAGGCACAUGAUAAGAGAAGAAUAGAAACUUCUCUCCUCCCCAGUUGUUGACAGAGUGAUAAGGUGUAAAAAGUUGAAUCAUGGAAAUCAUAUGAGGUACUGUUUGUUUGACUGUUAGUAAGAGGAAUGAGUCCUCACACUGAAACCGCCAAGCUUUUGUCUUGACGUACGAUAACUCAUAACGCAUGUUCUGUAGCCAUGUAGAGACGCAGUAAUUAUCAGUCUGACAACAGGAAAUAUAUCUGGUUUGUGUUGUGUAUCUUAUGACCUGAUCACUGAUCCUGGAUCAGUAUAUUAGGGUUGUGACAGAGGGUGUUUUUGUGUCUUUUUUCCUUUAUUUUAUAGUACACAGUAUGCAACAAAUGUCCUUGGCUGGAUUUCAACCAGAGGUGUUGCGAUUACAUGUCCAGUGUCUUAACCUUUGUCCACUAUAGGACACUUCAGCCAGAGGCUUUUACUUGACAUCCUGGGCGGUCCAGGGGAAGCUUUUAGGAUAAAGUACCAGGUUUAAAGUCUGGAUACUGUUGAGAUUUCAUCUCGCUGAAGUGUCCGUGAACAAGAUACCAAAUCCUUAUCAGUUUCAGGUCCAGCGUAACUGAGCUUGACCUUUGACCUUUCUGUUGAUGUGAAAAGUUAGGACAUGAUUAGUUUGACUCAUCACACCCUGUUUUAAGGGAACACCUCGAGGCCCGAUAUGAGCUACUAGAUUCUGCUCAGGAUUAAGUCAAAAUCGAUAAUCCCCCAAUGUCAAGUGUUAUUUUUUAUGUGUUUUUCAUGCCUCAUUUCUGAUGGUUCAUUAAGUUGGGCCUGAUGAAGUGACUCAGUCAUGUGACGUACUUGUGUGUUUGUCUCUCUGCUGUGCUGCACCGUUUGUUAGUUUGAGUCUGUUUUCCAGUUUUGGUUGCACAAAUUACAGCAAAUUUUACUCAGCCGUUGGCGUUUUAUCGAAACCCCGAGGAGCCAGUGAUUCAAUUUCCUGUAUUUACAUUUACACUUCGUUCUCAUUUAAGUGCCAGGUGCGUCUAUCACUACUGUGUCCACACCUCUCAACACAAGGUAGCCCAACCCAUGCUGCCGUAUCACCCACUGGGCGAAACCCAACCGUCUCCACCCAACGCCACCAUCACUACAAAGUGCCACCUUAUACAUUUUCAUUCUCUGCCUGCACACCACACACACCUUCACCUGCCUUUACCUAAACCUUAUUCAUAUAUGCAGCUAAACUUUAAGUAUUAGGCUCUGUAUUUAUUUAAACUGCACACACACACACACACUCUGCCUCUCAGGUUUAUUUCCUAACUUCU